AUGUUUGUGGGCCUGCAUCUCGAGGGGAGUAAAAGGAUACUGGAGCGAUAGUGUACUGACACCUGCUGAUCCAACUAUCGAAUGGUUGUCUUAUUCCUUAGAGUGUUGGCGAAUGUAGGGCAGUGAGAGGGAUUAUGUUGGUCAUCACUCAUCCCUCCCAUCAACUCACAAAGGCUGGCAAUGAGAUUUAUUCCUUGGUUUUGACCACGCCAUCACGGAAGCCACAGGACGUCUGCUCACAGCUGACAGGAACUAAUCGCAACCAGAGGAGGAUUUAUCGUGCUGGAAAACAUGGUGGAUUGGUUAUCACUGUGAAUGCUGUCGCUGGUAAUUGCUUUUUCAAGCAGGUGAAGUGACAGCUUUAUUAUGGCGUUCACUGGGAAUACUUUGACGUUGGUGCUGUUGGCCGUCCUGCUGGUGGCUACCACCGCCGACUUGCGGCUGCGCGGGCCUAACCCACUUGCAGGAAGGGGACAGGAAGUUGAUGUCUUACUUGACACUAACAGAGCUAAGUCUAGAAUUCAGCCGCCUCAUCAACAACAAAAAGCUUCCCCAGAAAAGCAGGGAUUACAUCGGACAGCAGCAUCUGCAGCAGCCGGCUUGGAAGCCAGCAGGUACGACGCCUGCUCCUGCCCCUCCUCAGCCAGGUGAGAGGAUGGCGGGUGCAGCAAGUCACUCUCAGAACAUGGAGGCAGCCUUGAAGCUGCGAAAGGAGGAGAUACGCCUAGUGCAGGAAGAAGUGGCGAAGCAGAAAGAGCAGGCUGAGCAGCGGCAAGACCAGCAGCAUUGGGGAAUGCAGCAGCAGCAGCAACAGCAGCAGCCAGUGCAACAGAUGCAGCAGCAGAAUAACUUUGGCAACGUUGAAAAGGUCAACCAGAGUGGGCAACAGCAGCCGCAGGGACCUGGAGAGGAGCUAAAGAACCCUGUGCCGACCAAACGGGCGUAUCCCGUGCCAACUCCCAAGAGCAAGAAAACAUCAAUAUUCCUCACGGAGCUUUCGGUGUAGACAGCAAUAUCAAGAACGGGGACCGGGCAGGGCAAGGCGCCGCCAACCCUGUGGAAGUCCAGCCUCACGUGGUGGAGGUGGCACCGAUGGCGACAGCGCAAGCUGAGUCGAGGGUCAAGGUACCGGGGCUUAUCCAGAAUGUGGUUGCAGGGGAAGGCGUGAACCGUGUGGAGAACAAUCCAGCUAACGUCUUCCAGCAAAACAACAAUCCGGUCUUCCAACAGAACAACCCCCCGGUCAACGUCUUCCAACAGAACAACCCCCCGGUCAACGUCUUCCCGCAGAACCAGCCGCAGAGGACCAUAGGAGGCCUGCAGAUCAACUGGGACUGGGACGACUUCUCCAUCUCCUUCGAGAACUACGGAGCUGCGGAAAUGAAGGUGCGCCGUGCUCCACACCCCACGACAGGUGAACCAUGGCCGCUGCCGCAGUACUACACAAAGAAAGAGAAGACAGUCUUUACUCUGGACCCCAAAUUUUCCUUUAUAGUCACCGGUAACAUAACCUGUGACAUUAUGGAACAGGCCUUGAAGCGAUACAAGGUGCGUAUCGGAGACGCCGUGCAGGACAUGUACGACAACCUGCAGAACGCGGAGGGCACGCACCUGGAGGCCCCUGAGCCCAAGUACAACUCCCAGCUGUACCGCACGGCACCCAACAUCAAAAAGAUCGCCAUCAAGGUCCGCAGGCCCUGCACGGUCUUCCCAAACCUCAAGUCGGACGAGUCAUAUGAUCUGGUGGUCAAGAAGGGCUCAGCCUAUAUUUGGGCCAACGAGGUGUGGGGGCUGCUGCGUGGGCUGGAGACCCUGAGUCAGGUCGUCUGGCGCGGCAUCGAUGACAGGCUGUACGUCAAGGAGAGCAUCAUCAGCGACUACCCCCGCUUCCCGCAUCGCGGCAUCCUCAUCGACACUUCGCGACACUACGUCUUCAAGGAGGUCAUCCUGGACAUGCUGGACGCCAUGGAGAUGAACAAGAUGAAUGUGUUUCAUUGGCACAUCGUGGACGACCAGUCGUUUCCGUACCAAAGUCAGCUUUUCCCAGAACUCAGCGCAAAGGGUGCAUUUCAUCCAACGUUUAUAUAUUCCCACAAAGAUAUUACAGACAUCAUCGAGUAUGCCAGACUGCGUGGUAUUCGAGUGAUGCCGGAGUUUGACACCCCAGGACACACUUACUCUUGGGGUUUAAGCAAACCCGACCUUCUGACCCAGUGCUACGCAGGGAUGACGCCGAUCAAAGGUUACCUGGGCCCCAUCGACCCUGUCCGUAACUCCAGCUACAGUUUUCUCAAAAGCCUCUUCGGCGAGAUCAUGGGCGUCUUCAAAGACGACUUUCUGCAUUUGGGCGGAGACGAAGUGCCAUUGGGGUGCUGGCAGUCCAACCCUGACGUCAUUAAGUUUGGGGACCAGAUUUCUCGGCAGACAGACCGCACUGGCCGCUCUCAGCAGUCUUUCUUCGACACCACGUCUCCCAACAUCCGCCUGGUGUAUGAGUACUACGUCAACAGGUUGAUGAAGGACAUCAAAGACUCCGGCAUGUCGCGGGAAAAUGGCGUCCGAUUCGUCAUGUGGCAGGAGGUCAUGAACAACGAUUUGAAGCUGCCCAACGACACUCUGAUACAGGUGUGGAUGGGGGACAUGGCCGACGUGAGCCGGGCCAUCUCUCUGGGCUAUGACGUCAUCUACUCCACCUGUUGGUACCUGGAUCACGUGGAGUACGGCGUUAAGUGGCCCAAGUACUAUCAGUGCGACCCAGUCGACACCAGUUACGGUUACAGCAUCGACGAGAAGAAAGUGAAGGGAGGUGAGGCGUGCCUGUGGGCGGAAUACAUCGACAGCGAGAACCUCAUGCAGGUCACGUGGCCGAGGACGUCUGCCGUGGCGGAGAGGUUGUGGAGCAGUAAAGAGACGCGCAGCCUGGACGCGGCGGGCGAGCGGCUGACGGAACACCGCUGUCGCAUGCUGAGACGGGGGUUGAGCGUUGGUCAGAUCAGCGGGCCAGACUACUGCUACAGACGUGGCGUUAGUCGAGGCCGACACUCGGGAUCUGGUUGCCAAGGUGACGGAUGCAGGCCAGGGGUGGACGUGAAGGACGACGUUGUUUUGCGGAUAAAGGGAAACAACGUUAACUGCACGUGGGUGUCCCAUGUGAGCAGUAACGUCACCAUGCUGGCGAUAGUGGCCGUCAUCGCCUUCGUGGUGCUGGUGGGGCUGACCCGCACGUCAUCGCGCCUGUACCAGUUCCGAGUGUGCAAGAACCGCACCAUCCUUCUCGUCUUCCUUGCCGUUAUCUUCGUUUAUGUCAUGUGCUACACUACCAUGUGGAUGCAGGUGUCAUCGGGAUCUCUCCCCGUCACCCGCACCUCCUCGGAUGCUUCGGGUACCCCCUCUUCCUAGUGGCCGCUGACAGGACCUCCGGCGAAUAUGACCCGCUGAGGUUGUCAGAGAGAUGCGGGGAGAGAGAGAUGGGAAAAGGGAGCUUAGGGGAAAGAACCUCGAUGUUUUGGACACUGAAGACGUGCGGGACUCACUCCUCCCUAGGCGUCGCUUUUUUGUCUGGCACCGUGUCGCUUGGCCCCCAGUCCAAGAGGAUGGACCUUGCUUGUGGCGUCAGUGAUCAUCUGCGCGCCGCCCGAAUUUUGAGAACUGUGCCCCUCUCCGUCAUCUUAAGUUUUUAGUUGUAGGGGUUAUUGGUGUGGACAUUUUCAGGAUUUUAGUACGAUCGUUGGAUUCAUCCCUUCCGACCCAACCUCAACCCUCAUCAUCCGAUCCGCCAGAUGUCAGCAGCAGUCGUCAGAAAUGAAUGCAGUAUUGACUGUGGGGUGUUGACGGUCGGAGAUCGUAUUUCAGCGGCGCCUUACCCUAGGGAGUUACGCCUGGGUUCUCGAGUCAGUGGUCAACAAGACUAGCACUUGUUUCUACUAGUGAGUGACGUGUGAUUCAGUGACACUGGGAAAUGUGCCUACACGGUAUACACACAAUUUCUUCUGUCUCAUGGGCAUAAAAUCCUUUUAUUUUUAAAAAAAGAAAGGUGAAGUAACUUUGCAGCGAAACGCUUAAUGGUAACAGGAAGUCCCUACAGCCAGGUAUCAGCUUCUCUAAAGAUUUUUGGAGCUUUAUUUUUUUUUUUUUAAUAUAAAAGAUGUGCUGUUCAAAGCCAAGACGCAUGUCCAAAAAAAAAAAAAAAAGAAGAGAAGACACAUGAACUGUAUCCACACGUCUUUUCUCAAAAAUUAUGGGCAUUUAAGAGCGAAGCUGUGUGGAGAAACAGGAACACUUGCAGGUGGGGACUGUAAUGAAUGGAGACGUAGUUACUCUUGCGUGGAAUGGUAAAGUGGAAUCAUUUACAAUUGGAGAAAUGUGGGCAGGUAUGUGUGUGGAGAACAUGUGGAUGUGUUCGGAGACACCCAGAGACGUUCUUGUCUAGGAGGCUGUUGUACCAGAGAAGCAGCAGCGAACACGCAGUAAAGUAACGGCGCUUCAGUCAGGAGGGAUGGAGGACGAAGCCUUUCAGCGUGUCGUGGAGGGGAGGGACGAAUGUUCAAAGGCCAGCACUCUGUACCGAGACUCCCGCCAAACAGGGCAGGGCUUGCAGCAAGGCAAUUCGAGAAGACAGAGAAGUUGAAAAAAAAAAACAAGCAAAAAACGGUGCUUCAGCUGCUUUUUCGUGGAAGAGAUAAUUCAGAUAAUCAUUGAACAUUUUGCCAAGAGGUAAAAAUGAAACAAGAACUUCUGGGGUGUUUUUUUUUUUUUUUUUUUUUGUUAAACCUCGCAAGAGCAGAGUUUGUGUUCUUGUGACAAGUUUUGUGCAAGCGAUUCUUAGAAACUUUUAUUUUAACAGUGAGAACUGGAGACAGUGUAACCUUUGGUUGUCGUUUUUUUUUUUUUUUUUUUUCAUUAUUAUUUUCUUUCUGGCAUUCCCGACAGCUAUCUGUGAUUUAAAAUGGAAGAGAUCCUGCACUUUCGUCUUGAGGAGUCCAAACCGGCAUUCUGACGCGAUUAAGGCGAGAAAUCUACCGAUUGCCUGACUCGAUACAGUAUAUCUAUAUACACACAAGCACAUCACUCGCCCUGUGUCGGGAGCCGUUCUGCUCAGCGUCCUUCUGUCUUUUUCGUCGAGAUCCUCAUCUCUGCAACAUGGCGGCGACCGGAAAGACGAGGGCAUGGACUGAGAGCAGCUCACUCACCCUUUGGUGUCAGGAACGUGGACAGUGGCUAGUCUGACGUUCGCUACUUCUGUCACGUCAGCACCUUGCUCGUCAGCGACCGCAGGAACUGAACUGGACCGAAGCGACACGCUGAGUGCAGAUGGCGUGAUUUUCUUUGUCUAGACCGAUUUUAACAACAGGGUUUGGGUCAAAUGCUUCUAAGAAAGCUUGUGAUGUUUGCUUAACAUCCGAUACUUUUGGGUUUUCUUCUAUUAUUUGUUUUCUUCCCCAUGUCAGUUACCAUGACACCUUGUUCCCUGCUUUGAAUUCCACUCGAGGUUAAUAGUUCAUCACCAGAAACUCAUCUGACGUCCUUUGCUUGUAGUGAUGUGACGUGCAUGUGGCGGGAAGUUGAGGGAAGGGUGAGGGAAGGGAAUCGGUGUUUUACGGGAAUCCCGUCAGAGGGUUCUUCGACGGCAAGUUUUCUCUACAUAAAGCUUACAUCGAUUAAUGAAAUUACAUAAAAUUCAUCCCGACUAUUGACCUGCCAGUCACUAAAGGAUGGAAAGACGUCAGUGCAGUGUCUUAUCCAGAUUUCAUUCGUUUGCGGAUCGUGGAUGCUUCAAUCCAACAUUUUUAUUUAUUUAGUGGUUUUUUUUUUUCAUUUUGUGGACAACACGCUUAUUGGAUCAUUGACACAUAAGCAUUGUAUGUUAUUUUUAAAUCCAGGGUGACGCACGUUUGUUGAUGCAAAAGGACUGGCAGGGUGGCUCAGAGAUGGGCAUGUGAUGUAAUUAUAAAUAUUUCGGCAUCUCAUCAGACUGACUGUACAGCUUCCAGAUGCAUUCCUCGCAUGCAUGAUUUGUGUGUGUGUGAGAGAGAGGAGGAGAGAAAGAAAGAGCGUUGGAGAUUGUGGAGCGGUAGGAGAGGGUGUACACACAUGUACGUGUGCGCGCCUUUGUGUCUGUGUGUAUGCGCGCGCGCAUGAUGCGGAGGUCAGCUUAUUGGACAUAAUAUGACAUUGUGACUUGAUGGCAGUGUGCAGACUGCUUCAUCGCUCUGAACUCUUGUUUCAUAAUGAAACGAAUACACAAAAAGAACUGUACCCUCAUCACCCUCCUGUCUGUUUUGUAGAAAGUAACCGCGAGACCCGCCCUGUACCGUUGAAUGCAACUCAUCUGAAGCUAUUGGAUAGAACCUAGAGAUAGGUGUGCUUAAAAGCGGACUUGCCACUGUUAUCUUUCGUUCACUCUCAAGGCUACAUGAUUUUUUUUUUAAUAUUUUAUUUAUUUAUGCAUGAAAUUACUAGUGGUAAGAUGGCCGUGCGAUGGAAUCAACAAAAUCAGGUGCCGGGUAUCCAGUAGUUUCAGAUCAGUAAUUAAAAUGUUUCCUUACACUACGCAACUCGUGACCCUCGCACGGCAUCCAUUUUCGGAUGACGUGUGAUUGCACGAGUUACUCGGCUCUCCUGCUGUCGUCACGACCAAGGGAGACCACCUGUUUGUGGCGCCUAAGUUACCUGCGUAGCUCCCCUUGACAGUUGUUGCAGUUGCACAAAUCCAUUUCGCGGGUGGUUGUCUGUGAGAGAAUCGUGUGAAAAUGUAGAAAUUUCUGACUUGUAAACACUUUCAGUAUCAGCUUCCUUCUGUUGCUAACUACAGUCCCAACUCGCUGUCUCGCCAUCAUCCUUCCAAAUCAACUGCUUGGCGGGAGAGGCAGGAGUGACGACGGAAAGAGGGUGAAUGAACCAAUAUGAACUUUUGGGAGAAAAAGCCGUUCUGCCUUACCAAGGAAGGGUGGCUUGAUCACUUGACUCUGUGCAUCGAUGACGUCCUCUGUAACUCUGGCUGCUCUUACUCCUUACUGGCAUUUAAGGUAUACUGAGUUUCUGAAAGAUGGUUAGUCGUUCACGUAGUUUGUGGCUAAGUCGUCUCUCCUUUUCUUUCUCACGUAUUCAAGAGAGAGGGCGGGGAAAGCAGCAUCAUACAGAAUGCGUUAAGGUAAAGGUAUUCCCUAAAUCUUGCUGUCGUCAGCGAGUGAGAUGAAACACACUUUUUCAAGGGCCAGCUUUUAUAAGAACAUAACCUUUCUCCUCUCUCUUUCGCUGACUUUCCUUCCUUCCCUAACCACCCUAUAGUACUGAUCUAAGUCAGCUUGUGGAAAAAGUUUGCUGCGCCACACGGGUAUCGAUCCGGCGCCUCCAGGUUUGGAUGCCAGCGCCCUAGUCACUCGUUUUUUCGCUUUUCCAUAGGAUGCAUUAUAUGAAGACUGACACAGAGAUGAAAAGUAAGAGGUAGCGUUUUAUAUUUACGUUUUAUACAUACGAGUUCCUGAGUAUCUUAAAAGGUAAAUACAUAGUUUAAAUGAUCUGGUUUAGCGUUUCUCCUAAAUAACUUCACAUUGUGAUCGGUUAACACAGAGAAAUAAAUACUAAAAUUUCUCUUAAUCCCCCCAUAGUAAAAACAGUAUUCAAAAUUUUCUGAAUGAAAACAGCCAAGAUCUAGUGUGUACAUCAUAUAAUUUCAAAUGGAUUUAAAAUAAAUUAUUUGUAUUAGAAAAAAACUUAUAAAAAAUUCUGUUUGCGAAUCUUUAAAUGUUAGAAGGGAAUUACUGUUAAUAAACGCAUCUCGCUAGUGUUGGUGACACUAGUGUGAUGAGAACAUCUUUGUAAGAGUGGUCCUGUUUUUGUCCUUCAAAACUUUUCAUUAAAUCAUCUUUAAUGGACUUGUGACAUAAUGGUUCCCCCUCUCCUUCUCCCAACUAUUAUGUCGCUGCAUACUUUCCCUCUAAAUUAAAUUGGGGAUCUGCGCAUAAAUUUCCGGAGCAUAAUAUAAAUUAUAGAGUGAAAUUUCCAGCGAUCUGUGCUGGAGAAAGAAGAAAACUUCCAUUUUCGCGACCGCAGUUGUCAUAAUCGUAAAAUGAGUCAACGCCAGCUUCCAGUUCUUCAAAGUUUUAAAGUGAGGGGUCAGGAUAGGUUAUGAUAGAAAUGUUAUCACUCGAGGACAGCAGAUGGACAUCCCAACCCUUGUUGACAGUACUAUCUUGGCAGUCGUAAUAACUAUUGUGAUACAUGACGAAAACUAUGUCACCUCACUGUCUGUUUUUACUGUGUGGAAGAUAUCACUUUCCAGACUGGAAGGGUUGGGGGAGGUAGACUAAAUUCAAUAGACUAGAUUCAAAUAAUUCUCCAAGUCACGAAAAGUGCUGUUGUGUGUUGUAUAAAAUCUUCCCAGUUCGUAACAGUACUUCUCUUGAGCAUUUUCAAUUUCUUGGAUUGAGGGAGAGAAACCGCUAUUCCAUUUCCAGUAAUAUUAUACUUAUACUUAAUAAAUACUUACGGAAAUUAUACUUAUACUUAAUAAAUACUUACGGAAAUUAUACUUAUACUUUAUAAAUACUUACGGAAUUUUGUUCCCUUCCUCCGUCAUUUGUGAAGAAACAGGCGCAUAGUGUUCGAAAUGGAAAAUAUAUGACUAAGUAAGAAACGCCGUGCGACGGUCCUCCCCCGCUCCAAAAAAA